AUGCAGGAGGUAGAAGAUGCUGACCAGUGGCAGGCUCAUUUGCAAGGCCUUGGGUAUGACAUAGCCCUUGCACAGCGCCCUGGUCGUGCCGACGGUUGUUUGAUUGGUUGGCUUCCGAAAUUAAGGUGCAAGGGCAAGAUGAUUCUGAAUUUUGAUGACUGCUUGUCUUUGCAGAAAGUGCCGCCAAGCGUGUUUGCAAGAUUUGCAAGAAAAAAUAUUGCACUUGUGGUGGAAUUGGAAGACGAAGGGAGCGGGAAAAGUUUCCUGCUCGCGACCACACACCUUUACUGGGGAAGUGAACACGAGGAUGUCAGACUGUGGCAGUUGCAGGUGUUGCUGGAGUCUGCAGCCAGCCACUUUGGAAGCCAUAAGCCUUUGGCACUCUGUGGAGAUCUCAACAUGUUGCCUUGGGGCAGUGGCUACAAGCUCUUGCAGACGGGACGUUUGGAAGUUCCAAGAAAGUUCAGAAACGUAGAGCGAUUCUUAGUUGACCGCGACAUCUCCAAAGCAGCAAAGCCCUUGCGAUUGCUAGGCCUGGAUGUUUCAGUGGAAAGUGGGGAGGAACGAGAGCAACGACCGGAAGCGUCGCAAGGCUUACGGACAGCCAAAAUUCCUCUGGUCAGCAGAGCUGCACGGGAAGCCCGUGUUUUGGUUUCUGCAUCAAAGAGGCUUGUCAAUCGUGCUGAUGCUUCGUUGGCCUACUUCAUCGAUGCAAGACAGUUUGAGAUGUCACUGGCCAAGCUGUGCAUUGAUCUUGCCGUGGAUCUAUCCCCGGAGCGCUUCUACACUCGCUGUGUGAAAUGCAACGGCCGAGUUAUUCCUUUGGCAGACAAUGAGCAGGAACAAGAUCGUGCAAGGGCGUUUGGGGCCCCUGAGAGCGGAAUACCCCUCUUUACAUGUACCAUGUGCGGACAAAUCUACUGGUUUUCCCGUGAUGAGGGAAGUGCUUCGGCACGAGCACGCCUGCAGGUAGAUAACCUGGUCAAGCUGGUGGAGAAGACGAUGCAACACGAAGGCCUUCGUUGCAAGCAGGAGUUGCGUGAGGAUUUGGUCAUGGCAUCUUCACACUUCUUACGUGAUGGAGGGGGAUGUCUUGAGCACUGCUGGAAUCUUCGAUCUGCAUACGAGGACGUGGAGCCUAAAGAGAGAAACCUUCACGAAACUGUCACCAACUCGAAGUACGGCUUUCAUGGUUGUAUUGACUACAUUUGGUUGAGUCCAGAUUUCCAGCAAUAUCAGCGACUUCAACUUCCCACAGUGUCUGACCUGAUAGAGGAGCCAGGGAAGCCACUUCCAUCGAUGGUAUCAAGUGGAUGGCCAUCAGACCACUGGCCAAUGGCUGUGGAUAUUACCUGGACAACCUGA